AUGCAUAAGGUGGAGGCGGCGCUUUCUCGCUUUCUCGGUCAGCUGCCACUGCAAGGAGAGGAGGAGAGGAGGGUCAGCGACGCGAUCUCGGAGCUGCUGGUCGUGGCGUUCGAGGAGAAGAGAAGCAGGAGGGACGCAGACAAGGAGCACCAGGGCUACGCGCUCCUCAAGGUCCGUCACUCCUCCCUCGUCCAGCGCGUCAUCGACAGCGUCGAGGGACAGGAGAUGGGAGAGGGAGCGCGCGCGAGGCUCCGAGCGUCGAGAGCCAAGAAACGGAGCGAGUUUGACACCGAGGAGGAGGAGAGGAGGCGAAGAGAAGAGGAGGAGAAGAAGACUCGCCUGGAGGUCAUCGAUCGCCUCGCUCCUCCUCCUCUCUCAACUGACGCCUGGCGGGAGCUGUCUUGCCCCGAGCAGCUCGUGAUAGACUGGGAGAGCAUCCCCAGCUCUUGCCGGCCAGACUUCACGUUGAAGGAGGAGGAGGACGGCAGGAAGCGGCGACGGGAGAGGAAGAUGGAGACAGCGGAGAGCAGAGCGACGAGGAAGCGGAAGCAAGUGGAGAGUUUCCUCCUCCUCCUCCGAGAAAUCCUCGCAGGCUGGGAGGGCGACGCUCCUGUCAUCGUUGACUUCGGCUGCGGCUCAGGCAAUCUCCUCCUCCCUCUCGCCUCUGUGCUGCCGUGA